GAGGGCACUUUUGCUGUGUUUUUUUUCUUCAAAUAUGGGGGUACUGAGGGGGGCGGUCGCUGAGUUCACCAGUGUAUUAAAGUAAUUUUUUUACCCUCAGGAAUGCUGUACAUUGCAGUCAAGAGCUACAAGGCAACCAAAGAUGACGAGAUAAGCGUCGCCAUCGGUGCAGUGGUGGAGGUCCUGCAGAAGUCAGACAACGGCUGGUGGCUCAUCAGAUACAGUGGUAAAGCAGGUUACAUCCCUACCAUGUACCUGAAGGCCUACAGCUACCCUCAUAUGCGCAUGCCAACCCACCAUGACUAUCGUCACGCCUCCUCCCCAAUCCAAUUGCCCUCCCCAAUCCUGCAGUCCGACCAGCUCAGCCUCUCACAUGGAAACCUGCUGCAUCCUUCACCCGUCAGAUCUUCCACACCCAGCCAGCACCAACCAUACAGAAAGCCCAGACCACACUCUAUUGGCAUCAUGUCUGAACAACUUCCUGUUCGGCCUGCAUCAAGCCACGCUGACAAGCCUGCUAGCGUUCCCACCUCACGUACGACUGGAAAGCUCACCCCUCCGCCCACAAACAUGUUGGAGAUUUACAGAGAAGAGAGGAGGCGUGCCAUGAGCCCGGGAGCAGAUAGCGAGGGAAGCAAUAUAAGCUACAGUGGCGACAGCAGCGACUUCAGCGACUUCAGCGACAGCAGCGAUGAGCUGAAUUCUUCCUGGGCGACCUCCUCGUCUUUCAACCUGAGCUACAGCUACAACGAGGAACAGAUGCGUCUUAGCCGUAUGCCUCCCCCUAUGCUGAAUAACCACCUCAGCCCGACAAGCCCACAGGGGGAAAUGAUCCCCAGUGUCUCUGAUCUCAACCUCUACAAGAGCCGGACAGCACCUAAGGUGCCACCCAGACCGCAGGCCCAGGAGAUCUACACCCGGUGUUCCAGCAUCACCCGCAAGAACGCAUUCAGAGGCCACCUGCCACCCACACAAACUGAGAUAAUCAGUCGAUGAAUUUGGAUGGAGUUCUGCUAAUUACAUCUGCUUGUGAACUUGACUUAAAAAUAAAACAUGUUCACAUCAUGUGUGAAGAGUUGCAGAGUAGUUUGACUAUGACAUAACACCAGAUGACAUUGAUGCAUUGAGGUGACCAUGGGAAAAUUCAAUAGCUAUGGAUUUGUGACUUUUUUUUUCUACUGAAGUUGUGUUGAUAGAAAUGUGUCUUGUUAAUGUUGUUUGUAAAUCUUUGAAGAUAGAUUGCCAAGAAGAAUGCAGAAAAUGUACAAUGUACAAAGGCUUUCAGCAAAAUCAGUAAAUAUAUAUGUAUGUAUAUAUAUAUAUAUAUAUAAACAAGAUGAUUAAUCAGGAAACACUAAACAUUCAUAAUGCACGUCUAUACUAUCGGUUUUGAAAGAUAAUUUAUUUUCCAUAUUGGAAAUCCUUUUAUUGUGCCUUAUAUGCAUUUUGACUUUGAGAGGCAGGUUGAUUGGUUCUCGUGACGGCAGCAAAUGUCUGUGUGUGAGUGUGCUGUUCUGUUUCCUGCUAAAGCAUGUCUACUGUAAACUCAACUUAAAGAAUAUGAUGUGUGCUAAUAACACUGAAUAUACACUACAGAGUCUGGCCAUGUAAAUUAUGGGUGUAUUCACAUGUUACUGAUGAGCUUGGUAGAAAUAAAAAUAUUUUUGGAGAACUUGAUGUCAUCUUCAAA